UCGAGUGUACCGCUCUCUUCGGCAACUCGGAGACUCCACUCUUGGGCUCUUUCACCUGUCUCUCGUUCUCUCUCGACAUCUAAACUCCGCACCGGUCGUUUCGCGCGUUCAGGAUCGUGCGGGAGCGUUCGUACGGUGCACCUUCGCGUCGACACCUGUGCGAGUUUCCGAUCCGCUACAGUGCCGAAUGGUAACCGCGAGGACCGUCUGCCCGCAGCUCACUCGUCGGGAAGAACUGUGCUCUCGAGAAGCGGCUCCUACGGGAAGAGCGACGAUGUCAUCCGACACGAUGCGGCAGCGAUAAACGGCGACCGUCCGGGGAAGAGGAUUCUGCAUGCGAGUGCCCAGGGCGGAAGUGUUCGGGCUCCUCGGUGGGGCGCUGACCUCCGACGACAUCAUCAGGAAGGACUCGCCUUGCCCUACGACGACGCACGCAGGGCAACUGCAUUCGCCGAACGGCGAUAGCGAUAACAGCAACGGUAGCCAGCGUGCGGUGGCUGUUACUCGCAGUGAGGUAGAGCAACAGCAACAGCCACAUCGCCAACGGCAGCAGCAGCAGCAACGUCAGGCGACCGCUACCGUUCCGGUUCUCGCCUGCACAAAUCAAUCGUCUAUCACCACGACUACGACCGCCUUCACGGUGGCAUCAAGCAUGCUUCUCUUGCAAACGCAGAGUCCGUUCGGAUGUAGCAGUUUUGCGGAUUUGCUGAGCGCUCCUUACACGGAUCCUGCGGAUGCCGGGAGCCUGUCCGAAGAACUGGAUCCUUUUCCAGAACUGCAGCUCGGGAAUCCGCAAGGCGUGCCUACGGUUGACGAGUCUGCUCAGUCCCAGCAAAGUGUACAUCAUCAGCAACCACCCCAACCGCCACCACCACCACCACCUCUUCCGGAGGACGUCCAAGCCGACUCCCUUAGUCCUACACCCCUGCCGAGCUUCCAGGAGACCUACACGGUGCAGCGAUACACCAGACAGGAACUCCAGGGCCUCGGCAUCAAGAUGGACGAGGAGUGCUACGACAACCAGGUAUAUUCGUGCGCCACUCACUACCCGACCGACUUCACGGCCGCGGUGUCCUACCACGAGCACCAGCCGCAGCAGCAGCAACCGCAGCAACAGCACCACCACCAUCACUCGCAACACCAUCAGCAACAGCAACAGGCCCCGCAUCACCAUCAGAGCUACUUCUCCGCGGAAUCGGCGCCCGCCACGGCGACGGCGGUCGCUCCGCCCUCGAAUCAUCGACAGGAGUCGUCUUAUGGAGUCGCUGUGACCAUGCCAAUGGUAUACGGGGCGCCUUCGGCCAUUGCGAACGUCGUCGCUCCUGUGGCCCCCACCGAUCUCUGUCCCAACGUCGACACCGUCGUGGUCGGCAGCGCUCGAUCGCGACGGGCAUCGUUGCCCACUCAGAGAUCAGAGUCGGCAAGUAGCGGGAGCACAGAGUCCCCGAAGCCGCGCGGCAGCGGCAGCGGUGGCACCGCGAGUUCCGUAAGUUCGCCGUCGCCCGGGAGCGGCACCAGUGGUGGCGAACGCGCGCCUCCGAGCCCGAGCCAGCUCUGCGCCGUCUGUGGCGACACCGCGGCCUGCCAGCAUUACGGCGUGCGCACGUGCGAGGGCUGCAAGGGCUUCUUCAAGAGGACCGUGCAGAAGGGCUCCAAGUACGUGUGCUUAGCCGAGAAGGCAUGCCCGGUGGACAAGCGCCGGCGAAACCGCUGCCAGUUCUGCCGGUUCCAGAAGUGCCUGGCGGUCGGCAUGGUCAAGGAGGUCGUCAGGACAGAUUCUCUGAAGGGCCGGCGAGGUAGGCUGCCCUCGAAGCCCAAAUCCCCGCAAGAAUCCCCACCGAGCCCGCCGGUCUCCCUGAUCACCGCUCUGGUCCGCGCUCACCUGGACACAACUCCGGACAAGGCGAGCCUUGACUACUCGCAGUAUCGGCAACCGAGACCAGGCGACCCUCCGAUCACCGAGGCCGAGAAGAUCCAACAGUUCUACAAUCUGCUGACGACUUCGAUCGACGUCAUCCGAAACUUUGCCGAUAAAAUCCCCGGUUUCACGGAUCUAGUACGGGAAGAUCAGGAACUGCUCUUCCAGUCGGCCAGCCUGGAACUGUUCGUGCUCAGGCUGGCGUACCGCACGAAUCCGGACGACACAAAGCUGGUGUUCUGCAACGGCGUCGUGCUCGCGCUGGAGCAGUGUCAGCGCAGUUUCGGCGACUGGCUGCACAGUAUCCUCGACUUCUGCAAAGCCCUUCACUUCUUGGAGGUCGACAUCAGCGCCUUCGCCUGCCUGUGCGCCCUUACCCUCGUCACUGAGAGGUACGGGUUGAAGGAGCCGCAGCGCAUGGAGCAGCUGCAGAUGAAGAUCAUCUCGUCCCUGCGCGAUCACGUGACAUACAACGCCGAGGCGCAGAGGAAGUCGCAGUACCUGUCCUACCUGUUGGGGAAGCUACCGGAGCUGAGGAGUCUCUCGGUCCAGGGCCUCCAGCGGAUCUUCUACCUAAAGCUGGAGGACCUGGUGCCGGCGCCGCCCCUGAUCGAGACGAUGUUCGUCGGUAGCUUGCCCUUCUAAUCGCCCUCCGAGCCCCGAGCCUACGGCUUGCCAGCACACACAUAGAACAAUUACUUACUUUCAGACCCCGUGCGGUUGCGUUAUCUUUCUUCUGAUUGCAUCCUUUCUUUAGUUCGUACACACACGUAGCUUUACUCUCCUCUUGCGUGUAAGACCUCGUACGGUCCCGUGGAGUCACGCACGGACGGCUUCUCGUCCCGAGGAGCACAUCGACGGUCUCACGUCGAGCUGAACGAGAGAGAAAGAAAGAAAGAAACGGCCGGAGGCUGUCCGCGCGGAUUCCACGCGGACGCUUACUUUAAGGGAAAGUUUAUUGUACGUACGUAUGAACGAACGAACAAACGGACGAACGAACGGAUAAAUGAACGAACGAACGAAUGCACAUGAAUGUGAGCGGACGAGCGAGCGUGUGAACGCAUGUGUGUAUGUGUAUUUACGCGCGAAUGCGAGUGUACAGAACGCCUGGACGCAGGUCUCUGCGUGCGCGACGUGUCGGGUGGUGGGUGUCAGACGUCGCCCGCUGUUAAUACCAAUAGUAAGUGCAUUACUAUUGCUGCUACCAUCGUUCCAACGACGCAUGCCGCAACGUGCCGGUCGGUCGGUAGCGGGCGCAGCGAUGACCGCGGACGGGACGGCGAGAGGCCGGCGGCGUGGUGUUUCGCUAUUUUCCCUUCUAGCUGUAGAUUUCGUGCGGACUCGAAGGAUGGACGGGAAGGAGGGGGGGCUCCUCUCAUUGCGCGAAGGACGCGAAUUUUUCUCACUUUUCUACCUAGUUUGUACGAGGCUGUCCGCGCGCGCGCGGGCGCGCGCGCGCACACGCAGGUACGCACGCACGCACGCACGCACGCACGGCGGAUUACUCCUCGGCUCGUCGCCUCGUCCACGGCCGGCACGCGCGACCCGCCACUUCUCAAUCACGUGUAUUACCUUCGGCAAUACCUUCUUGCCCGUCGCGGGGAAACGCAUCGGCGAUUCGCAACAUAUCAGAGCAACGGCGGGGAGGGCGCGAGCGACUGUCGUGGGCCCUCCCGUCUUGACAGUAGACGUAGGAUGUGACUAUAUUCGGCCGCGCUCUCGGCGGCGCCGGACGAUGCCGUUGGUCGCGCUUUACGCUUAUCUCGCGUUCGCCGGACGCGAAAGGUCUCUGUUCUAUCAUUCAAACAGUUACGAUUCUUCCAAUUUCUCCGCGAAAGGAAACCAAGGGAGUCUGUAGGAAAAAUAGGGGGAAAAGUUCUCUCGCGUUUCCCGCGGAAAAAUUGACAAGAAAAAGAACUGGUUCUCCCGAAUCUUUAAAGCUAGUUCCGUCGCGCGAAUUCGAUAUCCUCUCCUUAUCCUUCUCAUUCGGUCGCGAUCACACACACACACACGCACACGCGCGUCUCUUUCUCUCUCUCACGACAGUGCGCCCUUUGGAUUCUAGAGUCGAGUCGAUGUUCGGCAGAGCAAUGAAACAUACUCGCGCUGAUGGUAACUGGAAUAGGGCUCACGCACACUCGAAAGGUGUAGUAUACGUAGUUCGCAGUGCGCGUAACCCUGAAGUAUCUCUACGCGCUAAUGAAAGAUGAAGCGUCGCCAUUAUUUUAUGAGUUCACAACGGGACUGUAGAGAAAUCGAAUAGGCUACUCUCUCUCUCUCUCUCUCUUUCUCUCUCUACUAGAUAUAUUUUAAUCGUAGUAUUUUUAUAGACACUUUUUACACGCACCUUUUACACCUCCAUCGAUCGAUUAUCACCGGUUGUUUAUCGAGGAUUCGGCAAAUCUUUCCUAGCCCUCCUUCCCGCGAUUCUCGUCCCUCUCGCAUCAGCGCCCGCGAACUCACUUGGCAUCGUCAGCGUCGCUCGAGCGUCGCGCCCGAGGCGCGUGGUCGAUAUCGAUCGACCCUUUACCACUACUCUUGCGUUUAAUGUGAUUUUAGAGAGCUAAGGCGAACAACGCGGGUCCGCCUCGUCCGAGGGCCGAGAAAAUGGAGAAAGCGUCUUCGCGCGACGGCGAGGCGGGCCCGGCUUAAAGUUACCUAUUACGUUAUGACAUUUACUUUUAAUCAAACUAACGUAGAGUGUCCUAUUUAUAUAACGCGCCGCUACUACUACUUAACUAUUACAAACUACUACUUUACUAUACCGUUAUACUUACUACUACUACUUAUCGAUAGCAUUA